GUUCGUCAACAGUUAGUCAAUGAAUAGUUAGUACCUUAAGAAUAUUAAUUCAAUUUGAGUAUUUCCUAAAACACUUCCUACCGGCCCACGCAUCGUGUCGAAAAUACAAUCAAGUGUGUCUACUGGAUUACUAACUCUAUGGUUAGAGUUUAAAAGCGAGGGUGCGGGCGGUCCGCGCGCACUCUACAUACCUGCCGCGUUAUGAUCUGACCACUGGUACCACCGCAGUUGUACCACGAGUAAUAAAGUUGUAACACCAGUAACGUAGUUGUAUUGCCGGUUACCAAGUUGCAGUUUCAGGAGUUUCGAUAGAAGAAUUGCUCGCAUAACAAUGGCCCACAUCUGUAUAACACUCGCUUUCGUCGCCGUGCUACUUAUGUCACAGGAAGUCAGCGCCAAGCGGGGCUGUUCUGCUUUCGGGCACUCUUGCUGGGGCGGACAUGGCAAGAGGUCGUUGGAUUCUUCUGGAACUGAAUUGGAGAUUGGGGGUCGUCUUGGACAAGAGGAAACUCCACCGCACCCAGGUUAUCCCAACUCUGGAUACGGCCUCCUACCGUACGGUGACGACAUGAUUCCUGUUAGAAAUGGAGGUGCGUUCGACCACGAUGAAAACGCUCGGGAACAGCUUAAGUUCAAGCUCCGCAACAUCGUCAAGCACUGGAUGGAGAACUACCGGCGGCAGCAAAAUGACGACGCAUACGUUUUGGAAAAUAUGUAAUCUGUUCACAUCACCGUUAGACAUAAAUUAAUACCC